UCACGCCUCAGCCCGCAAAGCCGCAAAUUCCACCCCACGGAGGAUUCGUUGUUGCCUGAUACUGGGACCCUACCCUGAGCCGCCCUCCUAUUAGCGGAACGACCCAUCUGUCAGGCCUCGGGCCCGCCCCCCUCCCGGUCAGUCUAGGCGGAGGGGCGAGCACGUCAUUCGCUGCCGUUCGGGACCGGGAGUGAGGCGGCCGCUGCGGAGAGACGCCGGGGAGCGACCGAGAGCGGCCAGCGCAGCCGCGGCCAGGAUUCCAUCACUUUUUUGAAAAGAUGGGAAAUGUGGAAAGCAGUUGCUACGAGAACCACCUGUCAAGGUUUCUUCCUGAGGAAAAGACAGAUAUAGAUGGAGUAUUUGAUACCUUAUCUGGGUCGGAUGGAUCCGGAGGAGUAAAGAUUGGAAAAGCUACCAUAAAAGCUGUAACCCUGGCAAUGUUAAAGGCCCAUGUCCAGGAAGCAUUACCAGAGCAAAUGACCUCUAGGCUAUACAAUGGAAUGAAAAGUGUUGACCUGACUGGGAAGUCACCUGAGUCAAGUGAACAGAUUGUUAAGGAGCAGUUCAUAAUUUUUAUGUCAGCCCUUUUAAAAGGCAACGUAGAAGAGAAGAGUAGCAUAAUAAUGAGAAUGAUAUCUAGUACCGAAGGGCCUGUGAAGGGAAAACAAAUCCAAGAGUUCACAGAGGAUCUGAUCACCUCUGUAGUUCACGUACUGAGCUACAGGAAUCUGCUGAAGGGCUGGAAUCUGGAGAAGACUCGAGAUCCUGCCAGUGGAGUAAAGGCUCUGGUUUCUCAGCUGUUAUCAGAACUGAAACUUGAAGAUGGGAAGAAACUCGUGGGACCGCCUCUGAUGGAUGCCAUGUGUGAUCAAAGUACCAUUGAGAACUGGGUGUUCCAAGUUCCACAGAUCUCUACUUUCCUCAGUGUUAUUGUCAGGCAGGGGCUCCUUGUCCUGCAUUCGCUCCCAGAUCACGCUGAAGACCUAGUCAAUUUGGUUCCAGAAUGCAAGGGCAUCAAAGGAAGAAGAUUUGUUAGUUUUCUGGACAUCCCAUCCAUCAUAUACAUCAACUCCCAGCUACCCUCGGAGCUACAGCUCAAGUGGAGGCUUUUGUUUUCUUCUCGGGUUCACGGAGAAAGUUUUUCACAGCUGUGUGGGCAAAUCGUAAACAAGGGUCCCUGUAUAUUGGUCUUAAAGGACUCGGAUGGAUAUAUCUUUGGUGGGUUUGCAUCACAAUCAUGGGAUGCUAAACCACAAUUUCAAGGUGACAACAGAUGCUUUUUGUUUUCCGUUUCUCCCUCUCUCGCGGUGUACACGGACACUGGAUACAAUGACCACUACAUGUAUUUGAAUCAUGGGCAGCAAACUAUGCCAAAUGGACUCGGCAUGGGAGGACAGCAUGAUUACUUUGGGCUCUGGAUAGACAGUAACUAUGGGAAUGGACACAGCAGAGCGAAACCUAGGUGUACCACCUACAACAGUCCUCAGCUGUCAGCUAAUGAAAACUUUACAAUAGAUGCCAUGGAGGUGUGGGCAGUGGGAGAUCUCCCAGAAAGCGCAGUGAUAAAGGGUAAGAAGAGCAUCCUGGAUACAGACCCCGAGGCUCACGCCUUGUUAGAAAUGUCUGGAAAAAGUCGUCAGAGCGAUGGUUUGCGAGAGCAGACUGAAGAUGAUGAUGACAACUAAGAUGACCCAUGUGACUUGGAUUGUUCUGCCUGAUCCCAUCAAGUGCUGAUAUUUCUUGGACAGGAUAUUUUGUCAUCUGUUUCCACUUGUAUAAUUAGCUGAAACAAAAAUACAGUGUAAAGAGUACUAGUUUAAUAUAAUUAGGUCCAGGAAGAUGUCAUGACUGCAGAUGGUUUCUUUUGGAAGAGUGGGAAUUUAGAUAGCUGUCUAAGUCCUGGUUGUAGCUGGAAAUAAAUGUAAUAGCAUUUGCAAUAGGUUCAUUUUCCUCUCUGCAUGCAGAUAUUAAGUACAAAUAUUAUUAUUGCUGCUUAGUCACAUGGAGUAUUAACUUUUACUGUAUAUAGAAUUUCAAAGAUGUCAAACAAGCUUUUGAUAUCUCAGCUGAAAAUAAUUCCUUGCAUGCAAUUAAAUCGGCUUCAUUAUUUAAAUGUCUAUGCAGUGUACAAGUUGUUAACAUUUUAAAAUGGGAUCUGUAGAACAGUCCAGUUCAGCCUUUAUAAAGGGUGUGCUUCAUUUGCGUUGUUGCUGUAAAAGCUGCUUCAAAUUAGGAUCUAUUUCUAAGCUUAGCUUUUCAGUAAAUUAUGGUAUAUAGAUUGUACACAGAAACCUAGAACUCUGGAUAUACUGCAUCCACUUCUGCACUGACUUUUGCUAGACUUCAUUUGAGUGAAGUUUCACUUAAUUAAUAAGCCAGCACAGAAUUUGGCCCUUUGUAAAACAGCCAUUCAGGGAUUCAACCACAAAGACUUCUAUCAGUGGGUCCAGUCCUGUGGUUCUUACUCAGGCAUAAGUCCCAUUGAUGUCAAUGGAAAUUCUCUUGGAAAAUGCCAUCAGAGGUAGUCUCGCUUGAGACUGGAGUGCGCGAUUACGCCAUAAGGAGCCAUACAACUAAAAACCUAUACAAAUGUUAGAGUUAAUGUCUUAUUACAGAUUUUGUUACAAUGAAAUCAGUGAUCACUAAUUUUUAAAAAAAUAUUUUGACCUCUGUUUAGCUCCUUCUCUGUUAUUUACAACACUCGUCUGUGCUGGUGAGUAACUACAAUCAAUCAGUCACAUUCAGGGCUUUUUUCUACUAGAAUCCAUUCAUAGCUAUCAGUAUUUCAGUACUUUGGCGAGUAAAUUACAUAGCUAGAGGGUUAGCAAUACUCAAACAAACCCACUUCUACUGAGAACUAGAAUUUUCGCCCCAGCAAGUGACAUGGGGAAUUGAAAAUCAGUAUUGGUAUGUAUGACUGAGGAAUCUUUCUCCCAGUAAAGCAGAAGAUCACAUCAAAGCAUCUUUGUAUUAGACUGGAUUCAUUGUCAUAUAAAGGGUCUAGGUGUUCACUGUUGACACUGCAUGGUGCAUAAAAUAUACUUUAACAGUGUAUAUGAUCAGGGUCCAAUCAACUCUAAUGCCACCCUGAAAGUAUUUUCUGGUGUACCCUUAGCUAUCUGAUGCUUCUUCAUUGGGUGCCAAAGUAGGACAUUCAAAUUAGCUUGUAUUUAUGUCUUCACUUUAUAAUGUGAGAAGUAGGUGGUAUUCAUGAUUACUAUAUAUAAAAUUAUUGUUGAAAAGGGAACAUGGACAAAUCCCUCCUGCUGUAGACCCUAGUAAUCAUCUAUGCAUUUUGUACCCUACCCAUAAUAAUGGUUAGCGUAUACGUGGUACCUAUUCAUCCGUAUAGGUUGGGAAGACUAAGCUAAUAUUGUGUGUUUAUCUAAAUGAUCAAGUUAGGGUCCAGAGUCUUUACUCAACACAGAAUUUUGAGCACGUUAAUUAUACUGAACUUUUUACACAAUUGUUUUCUUCUCUGAAUGUUUUUAUAAUCAUUUUAAAUGAUAUGUAACAGAACUGCUGUACAAGAUCAAUUAAUAAAUGUAUUUGGUUCUUUCUGUAA